AUGCGAAAAGGGCGAGAGGCAGUAGUGCGAUAUACAAACACCAGUCCAACAAACUCAUCAGUCCAUGUUCACGGCCAGUACAACCGUGCUCCGUUCGAUGGCUGGGCCGCAGACUACGCAUUCCCCGGUCAAUACAAAGACUACUACUAUCCGAACGCACAGAACGCUCGAACGAUCUGGUACCAUGACCAUACUGAGCGCCAGACCGGCGAAAAUGUAUACAGGGGCCUCUCUGGCUUUUACAUCAUAACGGACGAAGACGAAAAAGCCCUCGGAUUGCCAACCGGUGACCACGAUAUCCCGUUAUCCUUGAGCGCGAAGACAUACAAUCCUGAUGGCUCGCUACUUUUCGAUACGAACAACAACACUGGACUGUGGGGUGAUGUGAUUCAUGUAAAUGGUCAACCAUGGCCGUACAUGAAUGUUGAGCCACGCAAAUAUCGCUUCCGCAUCCUUGACGGUACUAUCAGCCGUUCCUUUGUCCUAUACUUGCAAGACGAUACGACUGAAGAGACCGUGGACUUCACCAUGAUCGGUUCGGAUGGAGGACUUUUCUCCCACCCCGUGAACACAUCGAGCUUUGCUAUCUCCGAAGGUGAACGCUACGAGAUCGUCGUCGACUUCGCCGACUUCCAAGGCAAGAACAUCACAAUGCUCAACGAGCGCGGAAUGGUAGGAAACCUCGACUUCGCCGCAACUGAUCGCGUCAUGCGCUUCGUAGUCGGCGACACCGUGACAGACUGCACCAACAACGACCCCAUACCAUCCGAGCUUCGCUACAUCCCUCCACCUCCGGAGACGAACAUCACCAAGAGCUUCAAAUUCUCGCGAAUCGACGGCGAGUGGCUCGUCAACGGUGUAGGCUGGGAAGACAUCGAGAACCGCAUCUUGACAAGACCUGUCCUGGGCGCGGACGAGAUCUGGGAGUUGAGACACGGAGGUGGAAAUGCCUCGCACCCUGUUCACAUCCACCUGGUCGACUUCCAGGUGCUGUCUCGUACGGGGAAUCGUAACGAGGUGAUGCCAUAUGAAGCAGCGGGUACGAAGGACGUUGUGUGGAUCGCUCCUGGUGAAGUCGUCAGGGUCGUGGCUCGCUACGCACCGUGGGCAGGUGUUUACAUGUUUCAUUGUCACAACCUCGUCCACGAAGACCACGACAUGAUGGUGGCAUUCAAUGUCACGAACCUUGAGAAAUGGGGCUACGACAACUCCACCAUGUUCAUCGACCCCAUGGAGCCCAAGUUCCGACCGAAGAACGUGGACGACGCAGAUUACACAGAAGAGGCUAUACGAGACAAGCUGGACUGGUUCUACAGUCUCAACGCCUACGAAGAGCGCUCUGAGUGA